AUGAGGUUCUCAAUGAGAGAGGCAUUUUCCGCCAUCGAACGACGACGACGCGGAGACAAGUUUGCUUCGCAUGCGAGAAAGCUUCUCGACCUCACAAACAUCUCUGUCGAGACGAUUCAAUCAUGUAUCCUCCUCGGGACGAUAUGCUAUGCGGAUGCACAAACGAAAUCAGAGGCCUUGUAUUACUCCGUUGCGAUCCGCCUCGCUCUGAUCCUUGAUUUACCGCGGCGGCAGUGUACGGGUGAAAUCGAGCGGCAAGUUAACCUGCGAAUUUGGUCAUCACUAUAUAUGAUUGAUAUCUGGAGCUCUAUUGGAUUGAAUCUGCCCCGUCAGUUGAGCUUUAGAGAGUGUCGUCCUCUUCCAGCAGACGAGGAAACGUUUCUCUCUCUUCGUGAUGGCGCAAAGCUCACUGCCAGUCCUCAUGGGCGCGGGCUAUGGGCUGAAAUGGCGGUUCUGUCGCAGAUCUGGGCCCAGAUCCAUGAGUUGAACAAGCAAUCUGUUGGAGCAAAUAUGGACAGUGAUGCUCUCAACCACACAGUGGACGAUUUGGCUCGGCAACUAUACAGCUGGGCCGCUGCUCUGCCCUCCACGCUUCAGGAGACAGCAGAGAACCUGCAGAGGUACACGGCGCUUGGCCUGGGAAACGCCUUUGCUGCGUUACACCUGGGGUAUCAUUAUUAUUUUGAGGUUCUUUUCUACCGGUUCCUAGCAAAGGGCGCAGGAUCCGACCCAGAGAAUCCAUCUAUCCGGGGUUAUCGCCGGCAAUGUGAAGAACAUGCACUGGCAUUUUGUGAUCUUCUUUACCGGACUCGGGCGAUCGAUCAGUGCCAGUGUCUGUACGGCAUGGUGGGCCACAUGCUUGUCGUUACCUCUACAAUAUAUAUUCACAUCUUGCUCUUCAGUGAUCAGGAGGAGCAAGUGUCCUUGGCCAGGCAGCGGUUGGCCCUGAAUUUCGAGAUCCUGACUGAUUUGCAGAGUUUCUGGGCGACUUUGGACGUUGCACUGUCGCGGUUACAGGUGUUUCACAAUGCAUGUAAUCGGUCCAUCGAUAAAUCGUUUCGGAUGGAUCAGUGGAUGCUUACCUUUAUCCUGGAACACGGGAGCUCCGUGACAGAGCGGACCUUUCCUGACUCACCCGGCUUACCCGGCACUUUGCAGGGGUGGUAUGCCCAGGAAUUCACAUCGUGA